AUGAAUAACAAAGUGACGAGAAACAUAGAAAAGCACCUCUUGGACGCGCUACGCGAUAAAGAAAACGAAAUAGACCUGGAAAUUAAAAGAUACGAAAAACUGGAAAAAAAAAUAUACGAUGAUAAUGAUGAAGAACUGGAAUUUAUAAAAAAUAAAAGAUUACAAGAACUUAAAAAUAAACAUAAUGAAAAUUUAAAUUUACUGAAAAAGGGACAUGGGAUAUAUAAGGAAAUUUUAUCAGAAAAAGAAUUUUUCGAAAUCUGUAAAAACUCAAAAAAUAUUAAUGCUGAGAAGUCCCCUUUUCUCUGUGAGCGCUUGAAAAUUUGGUGCAUUCCUACUUUGAUGCUUAUUCAGAAUGGACAAACUGAGCAUUCCAUCAUUGGCUUUGACGAGUUAGGAGGCGAUAAUUUUUCCGAGCAGACCCUCAUUAAUGUUUUAAAGAAAUGGAAGUUGAUUGAUUCGAGGGAGGCUGAGGAUUGA